AUGGAGCAAGCGGAAGAGCGAGGGACGGCCUCGGAACCUCCACUGAAAUCGAAUCCUUCGACGCUACCCGCAAGAGAGUAUGGCGGAAAAAGAGAAGGAAUAGAGAUGGAUAUAUAUGAUGCUUGUGUGGCCGCGCUGCGCAAAGCCAGCAGCGUUUGGCAAGCACAUAGCUGUCUCCAACGAGCUUUGAUCCGACUGGAGUCCAUGGGUGGCACGCUUUCGACUCAAAUCAAGCUUAUUGAUCUGUCCGAUGACCCGGAAAUUGCGCCGAUGAGAGCUUUCAUCCUUGGCACACUUGGUGAUAUUGCUGUCACUCUGAAGCAAUUGCUAUCGGCAGGCCGGAGAGAGAUGACGGGCGACAGACACCCCACGGAGGAGCGCCUAAUAGAAAUCCUAGCGUGCGACGAAGUAUCUGUAGAAGCCCUUGAUGAACCGAGUGAUCCCUUCAGCUACCACGGAAACGGUGGUGUCGGUGACGCCGUUCAGCACUGUGGUCGGGAUAUUGAGGCACUGUUGUCGGCCUUGGAAGAUACCCAAUUCGUGUUUUACAUGAAAGGGAGCCGGCUAGGAGAGCGAUAUGAACAAGAUGGUAUCGAGGCGACGGGCCCGGAAACACCUAAGCGUUUCGUUAGAGUCCGCAGGGAGUGGCUAGAAAAUGGGGAACGAGAGGCGGAACGAAAGGUUAACAAACAAGACGAUGAAAGUGUCGACUGGUUCCGUCCGGCGCACUGUGGUGUCGCCACAGCACGCCGCGACAGCAGCAGCAGCGGAUCUGUCACCCUGCUUCAACAACCCAACAGCUCCGCUUUGGGAGCCAAAAGGAAAUUGCAACCGUAG